AUGACCGGCCGGAAAAUGGCUGGCAAGAGAGAAAAUCGGGGAGGAUCGUACGGAAGAGAAGAAGAAGAAGAAUUAAUGGCUUCUGGGUUUUUUCAAUCUCCAAAGUUUGGUUUUGAUCUGAUGCAGAAUUGUGAUUUGCCGCCGCCGAUGAAGGUUUAUGCAGGACAGGAGAAGACAAUUGUGUCGCCUCCUAUGAAUAUUGUUUAUGGUACUUAUGAUGAUGAUGGGAAGAAAGAGGAGAAGGGUUUAAAUAAUAAGGAUGAAAAGUACGAGGAUGAGAAAUUGGAGCUUCUGAAAGCCUUGAGAUUGUCCCAAACCAGAGCAAGAGAAGCAGAGAAGAAAGCUGCUGCUUUGUGUAAGGAGAAGGAUGAUCUGGCUGAUUUCUUGCUCAGACAAUCAAUGGACUUGUUUGCUUAUAAACAGUGGGUGAGAAUGAUGGAAUUGGAAGUUGGAAGAGUUUCUAAGCAAGAUAGAGGAAGAAUCAAAGAGAAAUCAGAUCCUGAUGAAGUGAAUUGGAGUGAAUUCAAUGAUGGAGGAGCUGGACAGAGCAUGAAAUGGUUAGUUGCAGUAACAGCAAUCUGUAUGAGUAUUGCUGGUGUUGGAAUCUUCAGUUUAUUCUCUUCAUCCAGUUACCAGCAUUGA